UUAUAAAUUUUCUCGUGGAAGAGAAAAAAAAAAGCGAAACUUUGCUGGCGAUUAUAGAUUGCUGAGAGGACACGUCGUCUCUGUGAGACUUUCUUUUCUUCUUCUUCUUCUUUCUGGUAAAAUUGGGUCUUUUCUCGUUACCGAUUUCAUACUUUUCUAAUGGCGGAGGUGAUUAGCAGAACGAGUUUGUUCUUCGGAGCUUGUGGGAAUCACUACGUAGAUGAUUCCUCUGUGUCACCGGUGAGUUUUGCUGGGUUUGGUUUGAAAAAAAGUUUCUCAUCUCUGAAGCAGAAGCCUCUUAGAAGCGAAUUCCAUGGAAAACAGAUCCUUGUCGGAGAUGUUCAAAACGAGAGCUUCAAAAAGAGCUUCCGGUCAUCAUCCAUCACAGCUCAGACAACGCUGAGGAUUGGGACAUCUCAAAAGUGGUGGGAGAAAGGUCUGCAAGAAAACAUGAGAGAGAUCUCUUCAGCACAAGAACUCUUAUGUCAGUUGGCAGAGCAGAACCCUGAUGUGCAGUUUCUUCAGGUGAAUUACGAGGAGCACAAGUCCAUGUGUUACAGUCUCGGUGUCCAUGUCCUCCCGUUUUUCCGAUUCUACCGAGGCGCUCAUGGUCGUGUUUGCAGCUUUAGCUGUACCAAUGCCACGAUCAAGAAAUUCAGAGACGCAUUGGCAAAGCAUACUCCAGAUAGGUGCAGCCUCGGUCCGACCAAAGGCCUUGAAGAGAAAGAGCUUGUGGCACUUGCAGCCAACAAAGAACUCAACUUUAGUUACACACCAAAGAUUGUACCUGUUGAGGAAGAAGCAGCCUCUCCCACUUCAAACCCAAGUCUCCCUGUUCCUCAUCCAUCGAUGAGUGCCAGUGACGAGAAGACAUUGGUCUCCGCAGGGAGAUGAUCUGGCGGUUCUGAGAGCGAAUAAACAUUUUCUCUGUACAGUUUGCGUGAUAAUAGUACUAGCAGUUGGAUAUAUUGCACUACCUAAAGAUGUAUGUUCUCGGAGCAGCCGGUUUAAUGGGGUUUAGUUUUUUUUUUUGGUGUCCCCGGAGCCGGUUUAAUGGGUUUUCGUUGAGCAAGACCAGUUUCGAUGGUUCUUGAGCUUUGCUCAGUUCUUAUGGGAUGUAGAGCGGAAAAGGUCGUGCGCUUGAGCUUAUAUUUUAAUCAGCUUCAGUAGAAUUUUGGUUUCUUUGCUUUGUUUUUAUUGCUUGCAAGUUUUUUCUAUGUAUGUAGUAAAUAUCCCGAUGAGGAUUAUGAAACAAUGUCAUAAUGUCAUUCUCUAUGGAUUGGUAUCUUAUAUAGUAUUUUAAUGUCUUUUCUGAA